CGCAAAUCGAUUGAGGUUUCUCAUUUAUUCUGUGCUUGCUGUCGUCGCCCUGACAACGAACGAGAAAGAAUCAUGCCCACAAGGAUUGUAUUGCGAGAAUCCACUCCUCCAUCGCGGCUUUCCCCGUCUGUAGAUGAAGAAGUACUUCGCAGCUUUACGAGGACUCCUCCUCCUCCCAGUCGACUUGGUCCUCACCCUCGCGUGACCAGCAGUCAGCGCAAGGUGGUGGGAUUUCGAUCCAGUAUCCUUCGAGAGUUCUCCCAUAAUGAAGGGAUCGAUGAGGAUUUUUCCGAUUUUGUGCAAGAUGAAGCGGCCGAAAAACGACGCUUGCAGUUGCAUCUAUCCAACGAAGAUAUCCGGGCCAGUUCCAGAUUGUUGGGAUACUUAUUUGCUUUUAUUGCUUCCACCGUGAUGCUGACGAGUGUGGUUCAGUUUUACUUGGGAGAAGAAAAAACAUUCCAACAAGCGAGGGCCAAUCAGCUGGAAACAGCACCCAUCGAACUACAAUUUGCCUACAAUGAAACACAAUGGCCUGCCAGAGAGUACUUUCGUACCAUCAAUGGGCCCGUUUAUCUCUGGAAACUAUGGGCGUGCAUUGGGACUGCAACGGCAGGAGUCUUGAUGUUCCUCGUCAUCCUCCUCAUGCAUUUUGAUACGAUUUGCUUCCCGAAAACGUGGUUCCAAUUCUUUCGAGAUGGAUCACUGGCCGAACGCAAUCUACUCAUUGCCAUGGUGGUAUUCUGGUGUGUCGGUCUCCACAUCAACACUGCGAGUCUGUCCGUAGGAGAAGUCCAAGCCAAUGUGUUUGUCACCACAUGGAUUGUCUUUAUCUGUACCGUCUUGAAUCUGGGAGUUUGGAGGCAAAGUGCCAACUUGCCCCGUUUGGCGGUCAAGGUCUUGACACACCAUCGUGAAACAACCUAUAAUUGGGCAUGGACGCUCAUAUUUGUGCUCAUUACGGCCGGGGCUGGAACCGACAUGUACUGGCAUCGGGAUGAUAUUCUCUUUCAGCUCGAAGGAGAAGUUAUCGUACUGAACCAAGGUGAUUGGACCCGCAUCUUGGUCAUGGUCUGGUCCGAGGUCUUUCUCUGUUUCAUGGCACUCUUCUUUAAUCAUGUUUGGUCGACCGCAUUGAAACUCAACUUCCCAGGCGGGUGUCGGUUCGUUCUCAAUUGGAGAUUUCUGGAAGGUCUCCUGAUUUCGAGCAUGGUGGCAUUCAAGUUUUGGGUGAUUCUAAAGUACACAGGUGCAGAUGGUGUCAUUUCCGGUGUCAACAACACUUACUGCGGGAUCUUUGGAAGCUUCUUCAGCAUUGUCUUUACUUUUGGAACCUGGCUUCGAGAAAACAAGGAUAUUGACUACAUCAUUUGAAUGAAGAGUGACGUUGCGGCUGCGGUUGCGGAUGCAAUAAUUCAAUUCACAAGGCAAGGGAUUGUCGAAGCGAACAACCGUAGACCAGGUGUUCGCUGGUGGCUGACAGAGUUACGGUAUUGGUGCACUUAGUCUUGACGGAAUGGAGGAGCCGAAAAGGGCUCUCAGGUGUGCUCAUGAACGUGGUUCCGGUACGGUACCCGUCAGGAAAACUGUAUGCACACGGUACGGCUGCGGGCAUGACGAAGGUACGAAGGAGGAACCGGUCAAGCUUGUCACUGAGCCAAUCUGCUCCGCAGAAGCGAUUGUAUCGGCCGAUUUGUGACGAGGAUCACGCGAUCCUCCUACAAGCUGCCGGUACGAGCCAGCUGGCAGAGACCGGCGGGUACAAACAGACUCGACAGCAUCCAGCAUAAAGUGAGCGGGAUACUCAAGAAUGAAAAUCGGGGGCUACUUUAUUGCUGAAGUCUAUAUAUAUAUCUAAAAGUGCAUGUUCAAGGGCUUGGAACAUACAAUGCGAAACCACAUCUGUAGUGAUAGCGCAUUGAAUCAUUGGUCUGUAGCUGCACAAAACUCAAAACCUUUCCUGUUGGACAGGACACCUUAUGCCUGUCGAGAUAACCGGGUUGUCCUGUUCCCAAGAAUCCAAUGGAAUCCCAUUCGGUGUAGUAAUCAGUCACUUCGAAGAGAUCGUCGUAUCCGCAUUGAUAAGCAUAGCCAAUGUUUCCGCCAUCAGAAACUAAACGCAGGUAUUGAAUUGCUUUCCCUUGGCAGCCAAUGGCAUGACGAUCCAAAAAAAUGACGUUGCCCAGGGUUGCGAUAUCCAUAGAGGUCUGCCGCAUGGCACCUGUAGUCAUAUUGUUGAGCUGACUGCAGGUGUAGUAGUAAUUGUAGUUGAAGACUAGUGGUGAGACCAGCUGGAAUUGACUGAUGCCGUUUCCUCCACAAUCCAUAGUGUGCCGAUCCAGAUCCGAAACAGCAAAGAUGCGGCCGGGUAAGGUGGAAUGGUAGGAUCGAAAGUCAUAGUAGCAAACAUCACUGAGGCAAUACCCAUCGAAUCCACAGUCCAGAUCGUCACUACAGUCAGUCGUUUCUUGGCAAUCAAAAACAAAGGACUGGUUGAGCCAUCCUGGCAUGUCCUUCAGCUUGAGGACACGGGGAUUGUUGUAGACUUCACGGAUGAACCCAAUCGAAUUGGUCUGUGAUCCACCUUGAUCUGCCUCCAAACCAUUUGCCCAGGUCAUAAAGAAGGUCCACAUAGGUUGGGAGUCCAGAACACUUUGGGUUGGCAACUGAAAGUUCUCGCCUAUAGCGACUACUCGAUCCCCUGCAUUGGCCAACAGAGAAAUGUACCACAGGUUGAAUGUGUACGAGAAUGCCGGUGCAUAGAUGUCCAAAGCAGCUAUAUCAAAGUACUCUUGCCCUGGAUUGUACUCGUCAAAGUCAAUAGUUUGCAAGUCUUGGACGUCCCAAACCCAAAUCAGAUUCUUCAGGCCAAGCUCAUUAGUCAUGUAGUCAUGUGUGAGCUGCCACAGCUUCUUUGUACCGUUGUCUCCAGUCCUGCCCCCCCACCAGAAGAGGGGCUGAUUCUGUUCAUGCAGAGGUCGCCACAAGACCUCGACGUUCCUUUGCUCCAGGUAUUGGAGGUAAACUGAAAUUUCAUCAAUGCGGGUUUUCCAAUUGCUGUUGAGAUCUCCUCCAUCAGAGAUCAAGUCAUUCCAUUCUAAAUCUGUCAAUUCACUCAGUAUAUCACCCUCCCAAAAGCAUCUCAUUGUGGCAUUUGGCCCCAUUGUUGGAGGGCAAGCAUGCCACAUGAGACUGAUAAUGGCACCUU